AUGAGUGACGAGAGAUACAGACGGCUGAGGUUCCUCUUCAAAGUGGACUACAUAGAGCCAAAUGACGACAAUCCGCGAUUCGACGAUGAUGGGCUUUGGUUGCCUAGGGACGAUGGCAUUUUCGACAGGCACUCCAGUACUGGAUGGCUGCAACGGACUCCGGAGAAUGUGACUCGUGUUAGGAACCCCGGAGAUGGUGAUUUUGCUGUCUGCAGCCUGCUCUACAGAUCGGCAACAUCAUAUUUCUUUGCAAUUCCAGCGGACUGCACGAAACCCCCUGCCCAGCGGGCCGAGCAACGUUGGAGAAGAAUACGUUUCGACGACGACGAGAGCCAGAAUCUCUCAGUUGCUACAUUUUACGGCACCAGCGUCACACUUGCAGGACGAGGAUCUCGCGAUUGGGUCCCUGAGCUUCUACCAGAUUCAUACAAUGCUAGCCAUUCCAGUGAUGUUCCGUUUACGCAUCUCACAGGCGACCUCGCCUUGAUUGUGGCCCUUAUUGCCUCCUCUUGCCCUAGGGAACGAGAUGCAUCAUGUCUCAUAGAGACAAUGCAACGCUGCUUUAGGCCACCUCGCUGGGUGCGCCACCGAUCAGACCCUCAGAGGAUCGACCGUCAUGGAGUGGUUGUUACAAUUAGACUUGACCCAGAAGCUGGGGACAUGCGUGAGUCGAAGGUAGACCUCCAGAAAUUUCAGCGUGGCGAUUACGGUGCUCUGCUUAAAGCUACGGAUAGUCCCAACCUCUGA